AAUAGAAGCUAUCGCACUUGCCACUGAUAACACGCGCAGAUCCCGCGACGCAGGUCAGAUACCAGAGAAAAAGAAACAGACAUUCACAGAGACAUCGGCCGAUACACAGAGCACCAUGCUGUCCUAUAUCUUUGGAGGCGGCCAGGCAAAAAAAGAUGAGCCAAAGAAGGCCAUCAUCCAGCACCGCCAGCAUCUCGAUAUGCUCGCAAAGAAGGAGAAGGAUAUCGAGCAGAAGAUCUCGGUGCAGGAGGGUCUUGCGCGGAAAUACGUAAACACAAACAAGACAUCCGCCCGCGCCGCCCUGAAGCGCAAGAAAAUGCUCGAGCAAGAACUCGAGCGUCUGCAGAACCAGAUCGCGACACUAGAGUCGCAAUCGAACGCGAUCGAGUCCGCCAACCUCAACUACGAGACGCUCAAGGUGAUGCAGUCCGGCGCGAAGGCGAUGAAGAGCAUUCACGGCAACAUGAACAUCGACAAGGUCGAUGCGACUAUGGACGAGAUCCGGGAACAGGUCUCCCUGUCGGAAGAGAUUGGCGACGCCAUCUCGCGGCCACUUGGCGAAACCUUUGACGAAGAGGAUCUCGAGGAGGAGCUGGAGGCCAUGCAGCAGGAAGAGCUGGACUCGCGGAUGCUCAAUGCCGGCCGCGUGCCGAGCGCGAAGUUACCCGAGACUGCGCACGCCGAGGUCGAGUCCGAGGAGGAGGACGAGGAGGAGGAAUUGCGCAAGCUGCAGCGGGAGAUGGCCGCGUAACAGGCCUUGUCUGUCUUGCUGAUAUACUCAUAUCACUUUUGUGGAUAUAAGGGAGUUCUCUUUUUUUGCAAGGGUUGCUUUAUUCUUUAUUUUUUUAAUUAUUUUUUUAUCUUUCUUGUCGUAUGUUCUCUAUAUAUAGCGUGCUUUUGUCGAUUGUUUUCUGCCGUUUAGUCAUUUUCAUCGUCGGUUGCUCGUCUAGUAACUUAUCUCCCUGCUUUUUGACGAAUCUCAUUGGAUUGGUGCGCGUUGUCUACUGUUUUUUUAAUCCUUGUGUUAAUAGUAUGAUCCGUUAAUUGAUUAUGUUUCAAGACUGUU